GUUUACAAUAUGAGAAGUGGACGGACCUGACAUAAUAUAUGGUGAAGAAAGAAGAAGAUGAAGAAUUUAAACAGUGCUGAUUACACGCACUCUUUGCCACAUGAUUAGAGUUACAAGCCCCUCCCCUCUCCUGCCGGGGCGGGAUCUGACGGGUCCGGACACGCCCUGAUGUCCCGGUGACAGCACGGACAAGAUGGCGGCCAGCUGGGAAGUGAAGUGAGGAUGUCAACAUCAUUUCUUCAGUUCAAACAAGUCGGGAUUUUCACCACCCACCUCCUCGAUCAUUCCGCGAUAUAGUUCAUGUUCUGUGCAUCUGUUUUAGGAGCCGAAACCGGGGCAUUUUGACGCAAACGCGCGCAUGUUUUUGCGCUAUGGUUUGGAAAUCCGUUUGCGCAAAGAGGACCAUCAACUCUUGACGAGCGAUCUGGCCUGCAUGAACCUCCAAAACCCACUCCAGGAGUCAUCAAAAGAGCGUUUCAACAUCCGAUCGCACGCUACAUCGACUGAAACUCCGCGAUCAGUCCGAUCGACACUGUUUUGAUUGGUGUUUGCGGUGAUUUCCGCGAGGAAGAGCAGCAGUUCUCAUUAAAGCUGCGGAAGUGGAGGAGAGGUUUUCACGCCAGUCAUCUUUCAGAUGCACUUUCUGUCCUCCCGUGGAUGCUCUUCGCUCCAUUAUCCAGCUGUAAAAUAUCUAAGACCGCAUUAAACUCGGGCAAACGGGAUCCAGGGGUGCAUUAGCUGUAUUUUUUCCGGAAACAGUGUUUUUUUUUGCUGACUUGCUGGCCAGUUUUAGUGGUUAAAGUGACGCCAUGGCUCAUUCUCCAGUGCAGGGCAGUCUGCCUGGGAUGCAGAAUUUAAAAGCAGAUCCUGAGGAGUUGUUCACUAAGCUGGAGAGAAUCGGUAAGGGUUCAUUCGGAGAGGUGUUUAAGGGCAUCGACAAUCGCACGCAGAAAGUUGUGGCCAUCAAGAUCAUUGAUUUGGAAGAGGCUGAAGAUGAGAUUGAAGACAUUCAGCAGGAAAUCACAGUGUUAAGCCAGUGCGACAGUCCCUUUGUCACCAAAUACUACGGUUCCUACCUAAAGGACACAAAGUUAUGGAUCAUCAUGGAGUAUUUAGGUGGUGGAUCUGCCUUGGAUUUGCUGGAGCCUGGUGCUUUAGACGAAACGCAGAUCGCCACCAUCCUGAGAGAGAUCUUGAAAGGCCUGGAGUAUCUACACUCUGAGAAGAAGAUCCACAGAGACAUCAAAGCUGCAAAUGUAUUAUUGUCAGAGCAAGGGGAAGUGAAGUUGGCAGAUUUUGGUGUGGCCGGUCAGCUCACAGACACGCAGAUCAAACGCAACACGUUUGUGGGCACACCCUUCUGGAUGGCCCCAGAGGUCAUCAAACAGUCUGCCUAUGACUCAAAGGCUGACAUUUGGUCAUUGGGCAUCACGGCGAUUGAGCUGGCUAAAGGAGAGCCGCCCCACUCCGAUCUGCACCCCAUGAAGGUGCUGUUCCUCAUUCCAAAGAACAACCCCCCUACACUGGAGGGCAGCUACUGCAAACCUCUGAAAGAGUUUGUUGAGGCCUGUCUAAACAAAGAGCCCAGUUUUAGACCGACAGCCAAAGAGUUGCUGAAACACAAGCUCAUCGUGCGCUAUGCGAAGAAAACUUCCUAUCUGACAGAGCUCAUCGACAGAUACAAGCGCUGGAAGGCCGAACAGUCCCGAGCAGAGUCCAGCUCCGAUGAGUCUGACUCGGAACCGGAUGGCCAGGCGUCUGGUGGGAAUGACUUUGGCAGUGAUGACUGGAUCUUCACCAUUCGAGAGAAAGACCCCAAAAAGCUGCAGAACGGGGCCAGUCCAACAGGAGAGGAGGAACCCAAUAAGAGGCCUCUGUCCCAGAGUCUGUCCACUGUCAUCACUCCAGUCUUAACUGAGCUGAAGGAAGGGGCGGGAGAUGCUGCAGCAGCGACGGUAAAGCCUGAGGUUCUGGAGCAGCUCGGAGAGGCCAUUUUUCUCGCCGAGGAGGCAUAUCCAGGGAUCUCAGAUGUCAUGGUCACCCAACUUAUUCAAAGGCUACAACGGUUCUCUAGGGGAAGAACAUCAUCCUCAUCGCACCAGUGAUUAUUCCAUUAGCCUGUCCGUCUCUCUUCAGUCCCGCCCCCCCCGGCAUCAGCUCAGCGAAUCCUGACACCAGCAGACUCUGUGACGUCUACCCUGGAGGACCAACUGUCCUUCACUAGCUUAUCAAGAGAACUUCUCAAACUCCUCAAGCUUCCCCUAGUUUCACUUUUCUUUUAUAAUCUCCUGGAACACUUUGGAGUGUGAGCGUAUGUGUGUGCGCGUGUGUAUGCGUAAUAGUGCGUUUGUAAUGGAGAGCGCUUAAGCAAUGGACAAAACGUAGAUGUAACUCCUUUGGCUAAGCACAGAGCGAGAUGGAGGCAGGUCGUUUUGCGUUAUUGUACCCGAGCUUUUGGAAGAAUGCAUUAAGUGUAUGCCAUCACAGGGCGAGGAGCCCGGCCCAUCGCCGCCGCCUCCACCCUAAACAAAAUACAAGAUAGUGUGCAUGACUCUGAACAAAAUGCAUGUGUGAAGACGGAUGUCUGUCGGAUUGUGUGUGCGCAUCCGAGCCCUGGUGUGAAGGAGAUUGCAGUUCUCACGCUGAAAUCUCAGGUAAUCUGCCACGAGCAGACCAGUCAUCCAGGAAGACAGAGGGCGCUAUGUUUGGAUUUGUGUACAGAUCUGUGUAUAUAGUCUCAAUUUUACAGACCUUUAAAAGAGAUGAUGGAUUUUUGCAAAUGAAUCACUGUGUACAGAUGGCCAAGAGCUUCUGUAGAUAUUGUUAGAAACAAAAGAAAGGUAAAUAUUUAAAAAUCAAGCCUCUGAAAUGGCCAUUACUGAAAUGCCUUGCCUUUUUAUCAAAUGUACAUUUUUG